AUGAAUGAGCAAGAUGUCGCCCAUCAUCAUUCGACCGGGACCAUGGUGUCGGGUCCAACCCUCGAUAAGCCUUGCCAAGUUUCACAGCAGGACAACCCUGCGAUGGCUUUGUUAAACGACUCGUGGGAUUUCGGCCUUCGAGAAUUCAUGGCGGCCAAUGAAGAGGAACCUGCAUCGGCGGCGGCGACGAUCCGACAUAGUGAUGGUCGCACAAAAUGGCAAGCUGAUCAGCGACACUACAUGAAUAUCACGCCAUCGAUCCAUCAUAAUAAUAACAACAACGAUGAUGAUGAUUUCGCUUAUCACCCCACUGCCAAAUACGCGAAUCCAUUGUAUCCGACGUUUCGCCGUCAUUCAAUUGCGGUAGGCAGUACCCAGUAUGAUCGUUCUCUGGCUUUUUCUUGCAAUACUUCGUUCUCCAAUGAUUAUUUGCCGGCGCGCGAUCAUCGAUCUUUUUCCAUGUGUUCGGAAAUGUUGCCGCCCAUUCCAUCCCAGCACAGUGCCACUGUCCCUGUCCUUGCCUCAGAUUCCAUGCAACCAUUGAAUGAUGAUCCAAUGGCGCUAUUCAAUGCGUCGGCUGUGGAAACUUUAAAUAGCUUUUCCUUUCUUGAUGCACCGUCACCGCAAAUGAUGGUUUCACAAUCGCCUUGCCAAUUUAUCAAUGCUCCAAUCAUGACGACAGGUGCGGUUGAUCGCAUGGAAGGUUGUUUUGCUACAAACGAAUCGCUAUCAUGCAAUCCUAAUUCCUAUGCAGCUCCUCGUUCGUUUUACGGUCACGAUGCAAGUCUGGAACCGACCCACACCAUACCCACCCAAACGAAAGAAGGCAUGCCAUCCACUGCCUAUGAUCAGUUCUUCUCUCAAAUGACAUCGUCUCUUGGCUCUUCUGCUUCCUUUUCCCCGUCCGUCGACACCAUGUUCACGCCGGCGACAAACCCUCCAGCGCCUGUUUCUCCAUCUCUUACAUCAAACCAAUCUUCCUCCAUGACGGAGGCGACGCCUCAAAAUGACGCUCCAUCAAAGUUGGAUGAAUCCUUCCAGCUCAAUCAGUCCUCAACCGUGCUAUCCAAUCUUGCCGAAUUUCAGAUAUUGUUGCAACAAUAUCUCGUCAGCAGCUCGCCUAUCUGUACCGGUGAACUCACCUUGAUGAUUCAUACCAGUAAAGUUGCUCAAAAAAGUUACGGUACCGAGAAAAGAUUCUUGUGCCCUCCACCGACGACGGUGUUACUGGGAUCUCAAUGGUGGACGAAACCUCAACGAAACGAUGAGGUUGGCAAAGAAGGUGGUGGUGGUGUUGGUGAUAAGCCGCAUCCCCCGGAAAUUCGCAUUCGUCUGUCGAAUGAUCCGUUAACUGAAAAGGACGCGGACCAGGUAUUACCGGGAACCAUGGAUUGGAGCACAUUAUCGGGCGCCUUGUGGAAUACAUCGCAACCAUCGCUCAAGGGAAGACUGCUGACGCCAUCGGUUCGUAUGCAUGAACCGAUCGUGUCUGGACGUAACGUCUCCAAAUGUUUACACAUCAGUGAUACGGAUGAAAAACCUAAAACAGUGGACAUGCACGUCCGUCUCCAAUUAGCCAACGGGAUUCAUCUUGGUGUUUUUCCCAGCCGGCCCAUUCGCGUCAUUAGUAAGCCUAGCAAGAAACGUCAGAGUCUAAAAAACGUUGACCUCUGUAUUCACCACGGUUCCACAGUAUCCUUGUUUAACCGGAUUCGAUCUCAAACUGUAUCGACUCGUUAUCUCAGUGUUACAAACACAAAUGGAUUACCGGUAUCGUACAUGACCAAUCAACGACUGGAUUGGCCCAACAACGAUGACAGUCCGAAUCUUCCGGAUGCCUGUCUGGCAGCGCAUACGCAAUCAUGGGAUCCUUUCAUCAUCUGGAUUGUCGAUCCUCGACGUAACGAUGAUGCGGAUGCAGUCAAUGACGAAGGAGACACUUGGCCAACACCCCCACGCGUCGCUUUGAAACCCUCGGCGGAUGGCAAGCCGAUGCCCAUCUAUUACAACCAACGUGUGGUGCUUCAAUGCGUCAAUACGGGCUUGGUGAGUCCGGUAAUGGUGAUUCGCAAGGUGGAACGAGGGAAUGCCGCCACUGGAGGGGGUGGUUUUACGGUGAAUCAUGCGUGUUCGGGAGGAGGCGGCGAGUAUGGCGAUGAAAUGUUGGGCGAUCCAGUGUCGCAGCUGCACAAAAUCGGUUUUCAGAUUGUGCACAAUCCCUCUGGCACGAGCGCCCAUUCAACGAUGCAUGAAUCUGUUUCCGAACCGGGCUGGCCGCAUGCGACCGAAGCCCCCAUGUAUUUGAGUUGCAUUAAAGAUGUCGUCGGUAUUUAUCGUGCAUCAGGUCAUCGACAAAUGAUGCUGCCAUCAUCGCCCUCAGCCACACUUUCAUCAUUUCCCUCGAGUUCGCAUGAUCGGCCUCAUCUGGACGAGCUGAUUGACCAUCCAUCAUCUGCUCGCUUGGCGCGGAAACGUCGAGUAUCCUGGGACCCAGCAUCAAAUGUGUCCAAAACCGGUUUUCACGAUCAUAAAGCUACCGCCCAUCGUCGCCGCGUCAGUAGCAUGAGUGAUAUACCUUGUGAUCAAGGCCCUUGGCUCAGUACGGCCUGUUUAUCCCAUCCCAGCCGUCGAAGGCGCAGUAGCGCGUCGUCUCACGGUAGCGCCUGUCAUCCGCCUGUUUGGUAUGAGACCAUUGCAGAUAGUGCCGUUUGGACGAUUGUAGGCACAGAUUGCGCCAUGUACACAUUCUGGCCUUGUUAUCCUCCCACGAGUGCGAUUACACCGAUGCCCAUUGUUGAUCAUUUGGAUCGUCUAGGCGACCGAUUGAUAGUACAAGGAUCGAAUUUCACUGACAGUAUGAUGGUCUGGUUAGGAAUUCACAUGACAACAAUUUUGCACGCUGCACCGGAUCGUAUCGAAUGUGACAUUCCGUGUAUUCAAGACAGGGUUCCCGUGCUUAUUGUUCGCGGAGAUGGUGUGGUUUAUCGAACCCGGAUUUGGUAUGAUGGAUCAUCAUCCCAACGUGCGGCGUAA